UUGCUGUUUCUUAUAGAAGAACGCAGUGCUUCGUAGUUAACAAAACAUCAGUUAGGCAAAGUUGUGGUGCAAAAGGCAACGACAAAAUAAGAAUACUCCUGAAAUGGGCAUUUGUGUGGAAAUCAGUGCUCGACAAAAACAUUAUCAGACUCAGAAGGGUGUUGUUCACUUUUGGCUCUUAGUUCUGCUUUAUGAACUAGCAGUUUGGGAAGGAGCCCACAGCUGGAACUAUAACUAUUCAACAACAAAUAUGACAUGGCCAAAUGCCAGAAACUAUUGCCAAAGUUACUUCACUGAUUUGGUUGCAAUUCAGAACAGUGAAGAAAAUAACUAUCUGAAUAUGGUGCUACCACAGAAUCCAACUUAUUAUUGGAUUGGAAUAAGAAGGGUUAAUGACAUUUGGACCUGGGUCGGAACAAAUAAAACACUGACAAAAGAGGCAGAAAACUGGGCUAAAGGUGAACCAACUUUCGGGGAAGAAGAUUGUGUAGAAAUUUAUAUAAAGAGAGACAAAGAUUCAGGAAUGUGGAACAAUGAUCCCUGCCUGACAAGAUGGAAACGAGCAUUAUGCUAUUUAGCUUCAUGCAAGUCUAGUUCCUGCAGCAGUCAUGGGGAAUGCAUGGAAACUAUUGGAAAUUAUACAUGUCGAUGUUAUGAAGGAUUCUAUGGAUCAUACUGUGAAUUUGUUAUGAAAUGUGAAAUUCCAAAGAUCCCUAGAAAUGGGACCAGAAACUGUUCCCAUCCAAUUGGAAACUUCAGUUAUCACUCAACCUGUGACUUUGGCUGCGUAGAAGGUUUCUCAUUGAACGGAUCAGUGAGUCUUCAGUGUGAGGGCUCUGGAAUGUGGUCAUCACGAAUACCAGCCUGUGAAGUUGAACAGUGUUCCACUCUCAAUGUUCCUGACCAAGCGACUAUGAACUGCACCCAUCCUAAUGGAAACUUCAGCUUCGACUCCACGUGUGACUUUCAGUGUGCAGCAGGGUUUACACUGCAUGGGUCACAGAGUCUCUGGUGCAAUGCGACAGGAAUAUGGACAGCAAAGACACCCAGCUGUGAAGUUAUGAAAUGUGAAAUUCCAAAGAUCCCUAGAAAUGGGACCAGAAACUGUUCCCAUCCAAUUGGAAACUUCAGUUAUCACUCAACCUGUGACUUUGGCUGCGUAGAAGGUUUCUCAUUGAACGGAUCAGUGAGUCUUCAGUGUGAGGGCUCUGGAAUGUGGUCAUCACGAAUACCAGCCUGUGAAGGUACUGUGCAGGAACAACACAAAUCUACAAAAUUGAUCAGCACUUCUAUUGCAGGAACAGCCUGCUUAUUUUCUGUGCCUUUUGUUAUCUGGCUUAUCAAACACUAUCGAAAGAAAGUGAUGCAGAAAGAUUUUUCACCUGUAAGGACUUAAAUAGACUGGCCAACUCCAAGACUCAACCAGAAAAAGGCCAGGAUGUUCAACACCUGGGACAUGUAUUUUCUACCAAAAAAAGGAGGCUUUUUGUCACUAUGCUUCCAAAAAAAACUGUAAAAUGUAUUCACAUAUAGAAUAAUACCUCCAUUUAAAACCAUGGACUGAGAUUGUGUUUAAAUGUGAAGGUGUUACACUUAAGUUUCUAAUGGUGAUUGAGAGUUGAAGCCAAUGUUUUUGUCCCAUUUUUUCAAUCAUUACUGAGCAGUUUUGGAGAUCCGAUAAGCUGCCCUAUACUUCAUUAAGAACUACUUAAAAUGUAUAAAAUACUGGUUAAAUUAAUUCCCUAGUUUUAUUAGUUUGCUUGGUUGGUUAAUGUGCAGAGAUGAGGACUCAGAUUUUUGUCCUGGGCCCACGAAAUGCAAGUUGGCCCUUUUGCAGCUUUCAAAAUACACACCAAACUCAUGUUUGACUUUUCCCUGGAUUUUUGUUUUUUCAUGCAAGGGGAAUGUGCAGUUUGCAUUUUGAGAAGUUGCCAAAGGGUGUUUAAUAUCUAUGGAGGCAGGUACCAGAAGGAGUCAGAGCCUUCAGGAAAGCAGAGGAAAAAAGAAAAUUUGUUGAAAAAGAAUUGAGAGAGAGGAAAUUGUAACAGAGAGGCUAAACCUUCAAUCUGUUUGUUAGUUUACAAGGAAAGGUUAAAGGAGUAGGGGAGAUUGAACGGUUUGAAAUUCAGAAGACAAUUAAGAAAUUGUUCACGACAAUAAAAGAUUCCAAUAUUAGAGGAAAAUAGAACAGCCCCAUCUAACAAUAAUAAAUUUGUGGAAUCAAUUACAGAGGAAAUAAUGACCAUAAGGAAACUACAAACAUUUCUGGAGAGAGAAGGGAUUGAUGGAAGUUAGUGAGCACAUUGGACUGACUACACUUAAAAAGUAUUUCAUUGGGUGUAAAGUGUUUUGGGAUGUCCUAAGGUCACGGAAGUCACUUUUUGUCCUUCCUGUUAUCAAAAAGGAACAAGCUUAUUCAGCUUUUUGAGUCACUAACAAUUUUCAGUACAUUAUGGAACAUCCCCUCACUAAUUUUACUUCAAACCCAUUUAUAUUUUGACACAAUAACUAACCAAGCAAAGUAUGCCAAAAUAAGUGAGUUAAUGUUAGCUACCAUAGACCAACAGGUUUGCUGUUUUUUGCAGAUUUGAUGCUAUUUGAUGCAGAGCUUGCUUUAUGUUUUUGAAUGCUCUUUAUGUAUGGUUUUGCAAUAUUUUGUUGGUUCAAGGUUCUGAAUCUCAUUAAAGCACAGCUUUAUUUUAGCGCAUGCUAUCUGUGAAUAUAACCAACCAAGAGAUUCUUCAACUUCUUCAGAGCUGAGUCCUGGCAAGAUUGUUAAUAUCUGCUGUGGCCUAUGAGAUUCUGUGCAUUGAUGAGUUUUACAAAAAUGUUGUUCUACAAAUAUAUAUAUAGAGGUGAAUGUGAAAAAUUAGAAUUGCUGGUUUAGAAUAAUGAAAUAAGAACAGAAACACACUGUAGAGUUGGUCUGCAAGUCUCUGAAAGAGACAAUUAACAUUUUGGGACUAGGCUUUCAUUUGAACUAUCAGAGUUGUGUCUGAUCACACUUUCAGUUGUUUUUUGCAUUGCUCCGCCUAAUAAAAAUAGCCAUCCAGGCAAUAC